CCAGGGUUGCAGGAAGGAGGCCAGAGCCUUGGUGACUGUAGCUGUAGCCAUGCUUUCCAUCUUGCUCUCCUUGAAUCUCUCCCACCUGGGCCUGUGGGCAUCUGGAUUGAUCUUGGUCUUAGGCUUCCUCAAGCUCAUUCGUCUGCUGCUGCGGAGGCAGAUGCUGGCCAGGGCUAUGGAUAGUUUCCCAGGACCCCCCACCCACUGGCUCUUCGGGCAUGCCCUCGAGAUCCAGAAGACAGGGAGCCUGGACAAGGUGGUGUCCUGGGCCCACCAGUUCCCUUAUGCCCACCCACUCUGGCUUGGACAGUUCCUUGGCUUCCUGAACAUCUAUGAGCCUGAUUAUGUCAAGGCUGUGUAUAGCCGAGGAGAUCCCAAGGCUGCGGACGUGUAUGAUUUCUUCCUCCAGUGGAUUGGGAAAGGCCUGCUGGUCCUCCAUGGGCCCAAGUGGUAUGAGCACCGCAAGCUGCUCACACCUGGCUUCCACUAUGAUGUGCUGAAACCCUACGUGGCUGUGUUCAACAACUCCACGCAUGCCAUGCUGGACAAGUGGGAAGAAAAGGCUCGUGAGGAUAAGGGCUUUGACAUCUUCUGUGAUGUGGGCCACAUGGCGCUGGACUCACUCAUGAAGUGCACCUUUGGCAAAGGAAACAGCGGUCUCAGUCACAGGGACAAUAGCUACUACCUGGCGGUCAGCGACCUCACUCUGCUGAUGCAGCAGCGCAUCGAGUCCUUCCAGUACCAUAAUGACUUCAUCUACUGGCUCACCCCACAUGGCCGACGCUUCCUACGGGCCUGCCAGGAAGCCCACGACCACACAGACCAGGUCAUCAGGGAACGAAAGGCAGCCCUGCAGGAUGAGAAAGAGCAGGAGAAGAUUCAGAACCGGAGGCACCUGGACUUCCUAGAUAUUCUUCUGGGGGCUCGGGAUGAAAGUGGGAUCAAGUUGUCCGAUGCAGAACUGCGGGCUGAAGUGGACACAUUCAUGUUUGAAGGCCAUGACACCACCACCAGUGGCAUCUCCUGGUUUCUCUAUUGCAUGGCCCUGUACCCGGAGCACCAGAGUCGUUGCCGGGAGGAGGUCUGUGAGAUCCUUGGGGACCGGGACUCCUUCCAGUGGGAUGAUCUGGGGAAGAUGACCUACUUGACCAUGUGCAUCAAGGAGAGCCUUCGCCUCUACCCACCUGUGCCCCAGGUGUACCGCCAGCUCAGCAAGCCUGUCAACUUUGUGGAUGGCCGCUCUCUACCUGCAGGCAGCCUGAUCUCUCUGCACAUCUAUGCCCUCCACAGGAACAGCUCAGUGUGGCCUGACUCUGAGGUCUUUGACCCUCUGCGCUUUACUCCUGAGAAUGUGGCCACACGCCACCCCUUUGCUUUCAUGCCCUUCUCUGCUGGGCCCAGGAACUGCAUCGGGCAGCAGUUUGCCAUGAAUGAGAUGAAGGUGGUCACGGCCCUCUGCUUGCUCCGCUUUGAGUUCGCCCUGGACCCCUUGCAGCCCCCCAUCAAGAUGCCCCAGCUAAUCCUGCGCUCCAAGAAUGGAAUCCACCUCCGCCUGAAGCCUCUGCACCUGGGCUCUGGGAAGUAGCUCUGCCUGGGGUAGGGCCCCAGACAGCCCAGACUGUGGCCUCUCCUUGGGCUGGAUCAUAGAAUCUCCCAAGCUGGAUCAUAGAAUAGCUAUGGCUCCCUGUCUUUGGGAGGCUUACAGUUUAGAAGGGGAGCAGGCACCCACAUAAACAGUCACCUGGAGGGCAGUGACAUGUAAGCAUGUGUGUCAAUAAAUGUUUAUUAUGUGUGUA